AUGGAAGAUAUGAACUUGAGAGGCUCAAUAACUCGUAUCAAAAUCAUUGGCGCCAUGCUUUCGGUAUCAGGUCCACUGAUAGCGGUUCUCUACAAGGGCCUCACAAUUCCGUCCUCAGCAUCUUCAUCUCCUUCCCCAACAUCAUUUCCCUUCAAUUCAGUAUCCGCUGGGAAAAUCGCAAACAAAUUGGAUCAUAGGAGGCCUUUUACUAGUCUCCCGAACCAUUCUAGACGCAAUUUGACAAAAGUGAUAAAAAUGUACCCAGAUGAGCAAACUGUGACACUCGUAUACUUCAUAUGCAAGACGAUCAUUGCCGUACCAAUAUGCUUUAUGGCUGAAACAAAAUUGAGCGCUUGGAGACUAAAGCCUGAAAUGUGGAUCACCGUUAUAACAUCCGGAUUCUUUGGUCCAUCCUUUACAACGUUACUUUGUACAUGGGGGAGGCACUUGAAAGGGCCUCUCUAUACCUCAAUCUUCAAGCCGUUUUUUAUUGCUAUCGCGGCUGUGUUCGGUGUCAUUUUCCUUGGUGAUGCUCUCUGUCUUGCGAGUGUCGUUGGAGCAACUAUAAUUGUAGUUGGGAUUUAUUCUGUAAUAUGGGGAAAAGCACAAGAUGGGCCUGAUAACUUGGGAGACUCACCUGCUAGGAAGACCCCUUUGUUGCAGAGCUACAUAGUAGAAGAGACUAGCACAAGCAGAUGA